AUUGGUCUUCAGAAUUUGCACUAUUUAGACAACGUACAUGUCAGAGUUGCAGAUAGUAUCUACGUUCAUCCACAGUACUAUCUGAUGUAUAAUGACGUCAUGCUCGUUAAGCUUACCUCGCCGAUCAAGGAAAAUCAGGGCGUUGAAUUCGUCACCUUGCCUGAGGAGACGCAAGACAAUUUGGCUGAAGUUUGUAGUACCGCUGAGCUUAUUGGAUGGGGAAUGGGUCAGUUGCAGGUGACAAAAAGGGUGCGAAGGAUGAGUUGGUACUGAGUUGCGCACAGCUGAAGUUUCUCGCACACAACGAAUGUAAAGAGGUCUACAAAAAAUACAAUGACCUGUUCAUGGGAGAUACAUUUAUGUGCACCAACACCACUGGCCAAGACGCAUGCUAUGGUGAUUCUGGAGCCCCUCUAAUGUGUGGAGGUGUACAAUAUGGCCUGGUCACGUGGGGCAUCGGAUGUUCGGAUAACCUUCCAGGGAUUUUCACUCGAGUUGACAAAUAUCGCGAAUUCAUGACCAUGGUCUUAGAUGGAGUUAUUGAUCCAAGAACACCAUCUGGAGCAGUGGCGGGACGAGCAAUUGUCCUCCUGUUGUAUAUUGGUGUACUUGCUUUAUUUAUCGCUUCUAUUCGUAGGAAUUGACAUGUAUCUCGUAAUAAAUGAAUUAAGACAAAAGUUGUCGAAUA